AGGGGUCGGAGGAGAGAGAGAAGAUCGCCGGCACCGUCGUUGGCCUUUCUUCUUCAUUGCCACCGGCCCUAAGAGAAACCGACACCGAUCCAGUUCCAGCGCCACGCGAGGCACGCGCCGCACCGCCGGGGAAAUGGAGUGGCUGAGCGCGGCGGUGGCGGAGCCGUACUACCUCUUCCACCUCCUCGCCUUCUUCUCCUACAUCCCGAUCCGCUGCUCCGCCGCGCUCGUCCUCUCUCCCGACAUCGCUCACCUCCUCCUUCGCCGAGAAAUCCAGGCGGUCCUGGCGUUUCUGGCAUUGGCUGCUGUCAAGCUUGUGCGUGAAGAAACAUGGGAGGCCUUCGUAGCUGAUUCUUUGUUUUUCUCAAAGGUUUUCCUUGUUGUUGUAACAUUAGUGAUUGAUUACCACCUGGCUCUCUGGUACAUUCUGAUAUUCCUGGUGAUAUUUACAUUAACCCAGCAACCUGCGUCUCAAUUCUUAGGUACGGCAAGCAAGUUAACUCCACUGCAAUUAGAAACAGUACUGAGCGAUGGGGGCACAUCAAGAUUCUGGCUGGUAGAGUUUCGCUCUUCGUGUUCCUCUUCGUGCAUUCGAGCAAGUCGAUGCUUUGCUGAGCUCUCAAUAACAUACUCGAACAAAAAUUUGUCCUUUGCGAUAGUGGAUCUUGGACUCUUUCCUGUUGUUGCAGAAAAAUUUGGAAUAUCUCUUGGGAACAUGGCCCAGCUUCCCACAUACAUAUUAUUUGAAAACGCAACAGAAAUAGCACGCCUUCCAGAUAUUGAUCUUGGAGUCAAAAUUUUUUAUCCUCCCAUUACUAAGACACUUCUUUCCCGGCAUUUUGAGCUUGAUCGUCUCCUUCUUGAAUAUGUGAAUGGCAAAUAGGUGUUGCACGUUUGAGUAGGCUGUGCACUGUUUGAAUGGCAUCCGGGCUUAACCGAUCUAUCUCUUUCAUUCACUGCAUAGGUCCGGAGACACUGCAAGGAAAGAAGAAUUGCUGCUAUUAAAUCUAAGCAUGCUGUUUCGCACUAACGAUUGCCGGUUGGUCUUUGACAGUCUUGAACCUGGUAAGAAAGUGGUGGCGCAAAAAGAACAAAAAACCUGGUAAGAAAGGGACGCCAACUAAGAAAAAGAGCUAUUACUUUACCAGAUUUUUCCCACAUGAAUAGGGAUGAACCUGGCAGUAAUAUGAGAUGACGACUUCUAAAAAUUGCUAGCAAAUGGUUCUUCUUUUUCCCUCUCUCUUCUUCUUCUACAGUUUUUUUUUUGGCUCUGGAUGUUUCUAUGUUUUAUCUUAGCACAGCGAGCAUGAGGGGACACUACUGUAUCCGGUAAAAUUGAGAGCUCUCUUUAGUUUUUUAACUAUUAUCUUCUUGU